ACGUCCUGGUCCAGCGGAGUGAAGGUGAACCCGGUCUGUCUCUAAAAGCACCCGCUCCCCAUUUGCUGCUCUUGCACCACACCGGCAUCAUCGUCAACUUCACCCCGAACCAUGUCCCUAUUUAGCGACGUCCCUCAGGCCCCCCCAGUAGCGGUCUUCAAACUGACCGCUGACUUCAGAGAGGACAGCCAUCCACAGAAGGUCAAUCUGGGAGUUGGAGCUUACCGUACUGAUGACUGCCAGCCCUGGGUGUUGCCUGUGGUGAAAAAGGUGGAGCGGCUCAUCGUGGAGGAUGAAAGCCUGAACCACGAGUACCUGCCCAUCCUGGGUCUGCCUGAGUUCCGCUCUGCUGCCUCAAAGGUCGCCCUGGGAGACGAUAGCCCUGCCAUCAAGGAGAACAGGGUUGGAGGAGUCCAGGCUCUGGGUGGCACAGGUGCGCUGAGGGUCGGGGCUGAGUUCCUGCGGCGGUGGUACAACGGCGUCAACAACACAGCCACGCCUGUCUAUGUCUCGGCGCCUACCUGGGAGAACCACAACGGUGUGUUUACUGAUGCUGGAUUCAAAGACAUUCGCCCCUACCAUUACUGGGAUGCUGCCAAGAGGGGACUGGACCUCGCUGGCUUCCUGGAUGAUUUGGAGAAAGCUCCAGAAUACUCGGUCUUCGUCCUCCAUGCUUGCGCGCACAACCCCACUGGCACUGACCCGACCCAGGAGGAAUGGAAGCAGAUCGCAGAAGUCAUGAAGAGGAGGAAGCUGUUUGUGUUCUUUGACUCCGCCUACCAGGGUUUCGCCUCAGGCUCUCUGGAAAAAGACGCCUGGGCAAUCCGCUUCUUCGUCUCUGAGGGCUUUGAGCUUUUCGUAGCUCAGUCCUUCUCCAAAAACUUUGGCCUGUACAAUGAGAGAGUGGGGAACCUGACAGUGGUUGCCAAGGACAACGAGAACCUGACCCGCAUUCUGUCCCAGAUGGAGAAGAUCGUCAGGACGACCUGGUCCAACCCACCCUCUCAGGGAGCACGCAUUGUCAGCAAGACCCUCAACAGCGCCGAGCUGUUUGACGAGUGGAAGGGUAAUGUGAAGACCAUGGCAGACCGGGUUCUGUUGAUGAGGGAUCAGCUGAAGGCUAAGUUACAGGCUCUGGGCACCCCGGGGACCUGGGACCACAUCACUCAGCAGAUUGGGAUGUUUAGCUUCACCGGCCUAACCCCCAAACAGGUGGAGUACAUGAUCAAAGAGAAGCACGUGUACCUGAUGGCCAGCGGCCGCAUCAACAUGUGCGGCCUGACCACCAAGAACAUUGACUAUGUCGCUCAGUCCAUCCACGAGGCCGUCACCAAAGUCCAGUAAAGGCUGUUUGUGUCCGCCCAUUUCCUGCCUCCUGUACGCCACAGGACGUUUCAUCAUGUCUGUGCCCCCUCUCUAUACUCCCCUCUUGCUUAUCCUCCCCUCUAAUUGGUCCUCACAUUUUACGGUUAACCCGACAGGAGGACGGAUGUGUUUAUGGUCUCACGUGACGGUGUCAUCCUUUGGGAGGUACAGUGGUUUUUAGAAGAGACAUGAUCGCACACAGCCAGGUAUAAUCGAAUGUGUUUGAGUUGACAUUGUCAGCUUCUGUGCAGUCCAAAACAUUUCUGGUGAUAUUUUGUUUUGUUUUUUUUUUUCAAACUGGACGUCGGAUUGUUGACCAGGAAGAUUUGCAAAGACGUUGUUAUGCUUCCUCCACUGUAGUACUGAACAAAAUGCAGCACAGGAAAAGUCAUGUAAAUAGAUGUAAUUACUGUCAGAGUCCUGUGUAAGCACUGAGAGCACAACCCAUCUUUCCUGUUUUCAGCCAUCAGAAUAUACAAACUGGUACUGUAAUCUGUGGCGCUCUACAUGCAAAGCACCAAAUUGUUUUAUAAAUAUGCUAUGUUUUUAUUUUUUUUUUUAAGCUUUUAAGGCAACUUAAAGGCACAGUCCACUAAUGCCAGGAAAUUUUGUUGUGUUGAAGUUCAAUGGUUAUCGUCCCCAUCAUGAUCUCUCACUUAAAGCUAAAGCAUGUGCCUGAUGUCAUGUUGCCUUGUCAGGCAUAUGUUAGUUUAGCCACUAAGUUAAGUUAAGUCGCCUUGUGUGCUGUCAGUGAACAAAGAUCACCUCUCUCCAGCUCUCUGUGUUCCUUUCUUUCCACCCUGCGGUGUCCUUAUUCGCUUACAGAAAGCCUCUGUAAAGCUAUUUGAUGUAAGAAGCCACUCCGAUCAGACCUCACAGCCUGUUCUCUGCCACAGUUGUGGUGUUUGUAAUGCCACACGGCGUUCUGUGCAGUCACACUCAAAAUAAAUGAUAAACUCCAGGAACUCA